UAUCAAUAAAUCAUAGUAAAACCUUUCUUGCGCAAAAAUGUUUGCAGAAAUUCUCGUUGAUAAACCCCUUGACACAUAUCUUUUCCAAAAAGUCUCCAUUGAUUUCUCUGCAUAUUCCACUCGGCUCGUGGUUGGAGAAACGUGUUUCAGUGCAAAUAGAACUGCCGACAUGGAAAACCAUGGAAUUUUAGUAAAUCUACUGCGGGUUAACAUUGUGUGUGAAUAGUCAAAAGAAAUGGCCUUUCUGAAGACCUUCUUCAAGAGGAAGCCUCUUGUGGCCAAUUCCUUGAUCUACGGGUCUUUGUACGUUGGAGCGGAAUUCUCUCAACAAUGGGUAACCAGGAAAAUAUUCACAAAACCACCUGAGCCGAUUGAUAGGGCGGCUUUGGGAAGAUAUGCUGUUAUGGGUACUUUCAUCUAUUCUCCAAUUAUGUACGGUUGGUACAAAUGGCUCGAUAAGAAAUAUGUGGGGACGACCAUUAGAAUUUUGGCGCCAAAACUCGCUCUGGAUCAAUUUCUUUUAACUCCCGUCCUACUUACUGUCUUCUUCACGGGAAUGUCCACAAUGGAGGGAGCUGAAGAUAAAUUCCACGAGUGCCAGCAAAAGUUCCUACCUACAUUCGUUCGUUCCUGUCUCUUCUGGCUGCCCGUUCAAACCCUCAACUUCAUCUUCAUUCCACCCGCCUUCAGAGUCACUUUUAUGGGAUUCUGUGCCUUUGCAUGGGUCAACAUCCUUUGCUGGGUAAAACGCCAGGAUGUUACUCCUGCGGAUUCUCUCACAGCGGAAACUCACAUGGAUUGAGUGCCUUUAGAUAGCUUUUAAAAUGCACGUACAAGUUUUUUAAAGCACAAUUGCUAAAUGCUGAAACCAAAGCACUAGUUAAAUGAUUUUGAGCACUUUUACCGUGCAAUUGUAGGUUAAAUUGUUAACUACAGCCUUACUAAAUAAAUUUAAGCAUUGUAGACAAUUUACAAUAAAAUUCGAAUCUUGAGAGCA